AUGAAUACAGAAUCCAAAGGAAGAGCAUGGUAUGACAAAUUCUACCGUAAAUUAGAAACGAUUCUUGUGGAGUUAGACGGUUUGGCUUCUCAGGUCAAGGUUUCUUCAAAAUCAAGUGAUCCUCCAGGAUUGGAUUCUGUAAGCAAUGGACUCGAGAAACUCGCAGAGGAUCAUUGUUCGGGCACUUUUGAUUUAGAGCAACGCAAUAAUGGCCUUCCCCUGCAGGAAUGUAAAAGCCCUUCUGGUCUUCCAUCAGAUCAGAAGUUUGAUAUUUUGCAAAAUGUUCGUUUAGAGGGAGAUAGUUGUAAGGAGACUGAUGAGAAAAAGCUCUCGAACUCUUUAUUGCGUGAAGGGCACAAUGAUUGUAAUCAGAGAGUAGCCACUUCCCUUUGCCGGGAAGAACCAAUAUCUUCUCAAUCGACUCACCGCUCUCCGGAAAGCUUUAUGACUACAAUAGCAUGUAAUGAUGAUACUUUUGUAUCUCCAUCUAUGAUUUCUACGGGUAAUCCAAAUCUAAUCCAACUCGCUACAGAGAUUCAAGCUGUACCUGUUCCAGACAAAGUGGCAAACAUUGGAUCCUUCAGCACCAACUCUAUGAAUGUUAAUCAAGAUGAGUUCUUCAUUGAAGACUUCGAUGAUGCUACAUUGGAUACCAUUGAUUUGUACGACAUGACAUUUCGUGAAGAUCCCUCAGAUUUUGACGACAAUUUGCUAUAUGCAGCGCGUGACAGGACUAGGCAACUCAGAUCAUUCAAGAGAAAGAUAAUGGAUGCGUUAACUUCGAAAAGAAGAAGAGAGAAGGAAUAUGAGCAGCUUGCAAUAUGGUUUGGAGAUGCAGACAUGGGUUGUGAUCUGAUGAACACUAAGGAACAUGCUACAAUACCUCUAGACUCCAAAAGCUCACAGUCAAAUCUGCCAUUUGCAUCAGAAGAUUCUGAAUGGGAGUUAUUGUAA